CUGUCAGGGUCACUGGGAUGCCAAGACCGCGGCUUAGACCCUCGUUGACCAUGCUGUCUCGGGUGGUGCUUUCUGCUGCAGCCACAUUCGCCCCUUCUCUGAAGAACGCAGCCCUCCUUGGUCCAGGGGCAUUGCAGGCAGCAAGGAUCUUUCACACUGGGCAGCCAAAUCUCGCCCCUGUACCACCUCUGCCUGAAUAUGGAGGUAAAGUUCAUUUGGGACUCAUCCCUGAGGAAUUCUUCCAGUUUCUUUAUCCUAAAACUGGUGUAACAGGACCCUAUGUGCUUGGAACUGGGCUUAUCUUGUAUAUUCUAUCCAAAGAAAUACAUGUGAUUACUGCAGAGACCAUGACUGCCAUAUCAACAAUAGGGUUUCUUAUCUAUAUAGUUAAAAAAUAUGGUGCUUCUAUUGGAGAAUUUGCUGACAAACUGAAUUAGCAAAAAAUUGCCCAACUGGAAGAGGUGAAACAGGCAUCCAUUAAACAACUCCAGGAUGUCAUUGAUUUGGAGAAGUCACAGCAGGCACUGGUUCAGAAGCGCCAUUACCUUUUUGAUGUCCAGAGGAAUAAUAUUGCUCUGGCGUUGGAGGUUACUUACCGGAAAUGGCUGCAUAGAGUAUACGAGGUAAAGAAUCGCCUGGACUAUCAUCUCUCUGCGCAAAACAUGGUACUUCGGAAGGAACAAGAGCACAUGAUAAACUGGUUGGAGAAACACGUGAUACAGAGCAUCUCUGACCAGCAGGAAAAGGAGACAGUUGUCAAGUGCAUUGCAGAUCUAAAGCUGCUCGCCAAGAAGGCCUGUAAAUGCUUCUGUCUCAUUUGGGGCAGCUAG